AUGCAAACAAGAGGCUGUUGAAGAAUUCAUUGUGCCAGACCAAUUAGGGAGCUCCACUUGGGGCUCCACAGACAACAGCGUGUUACUACAGAUAACCAGACUAUCUACCAUGCAUGAAGGAACCCUGUUCAGAAGGAGGUUCAAGGAAAGAAAGAAAAAAGGAAAAGUUAACACGGAACUUGAAGAGACUGGGGAAUAUCAAUGCGAUCUAUGCAGCAAGAAGUUCACAGUAAAAAAGUAUUUGAUCGGCCAUCUUAACUAUCACAAGUAUAAAAAACCAUUUCAUUGCGGUAUAUGUGACAAAACGUUUUCGUGUGAGACUUACGCGUCUGCGCACGAGAGGAUACACACUGGUGAGAAACCAUACAGUUGCAAGCUCUGCAAUAAAGCUUUCAGGUGCUCCAGCCAUCUGAUCAAGCAUGAAAGAACUCAUACAGAGGAGAAGCCCUUCUCGUGUGAAGUUUGUAAAAAGCAAUUUAGAGAGAAAACACAACUAAAGCUUCAUGAGCUUUUACACAAAGGGGAAGAGGCAAAACAGUAUCCUUGCAAGUUUUGUCCAAAGAAGUUUAUACAUAUGUAUAAGCUGACAAUUCACGAGCGAAAUCAUACUGGGGUUAGGCCGUUUGAGUGUAAAACGUGCGGGCAGAGCUUUGUUCAAAAGUUCCAACUAGACAGUCAUAACAGAUUACACACCGGCGACAAACCGCGUGUAUGCGAAAUAUGCGGCAAGCAUUUUAUAACAAAGGCGGACUUAGUGAGACACGAGCGCAUACACACAGGCACCAAGCCGUACAGCUGCGAUGUAUGCCAGCGGCAGUUCAGCCAAAAAGCGCACUUAAACUCUCACAUGUUAGUUCACAGCGGAGAGAAACCCUACUCGUGCGAGACAUGCUCAAAGAAGUUCAGCUGCAAACCCUCUUUGGUUAUUCACUCGCGGGUACACACGAACGAGAGACCGUACCCGUGCCGGGUAUGCGGGAGGCAGUUCAAACAGGGUGGCGUCAGGAGGAGGCAUGAAGCGACUCACACGAGGGACAAAACCAUAGCAUGCGAAGUGUGCAACGAACAUUUUGCCCUUAAAAGGGAGCUGAAGAAACACCAAAGGGUACACGUGGUGUACACUUGUGAUAUAUGCAAUAAGGUGUUUAGGGAUAAAUUCAAUUUUAAUAGACACGUGCAGACGCAUAGUGAGCAAGCGGCGGAAACCGAGGAAAACUAA